UUUAACACAAAGACUUUAACUGCAGGUAGUCGACAGAAAUGGACGAAGAUGUCAAGUUGUCUUGCGCACUUUGUCUACAAUCCAAAGAGACGAAGACGACGGGAGUGUUGUCGACUAAAGAUGAAGUCACGGCUCACCAGAACUGUUUGUUAUUUUCCUCCGGUCUUUUUUGCCGGAACACUCCAGAGUUUGACGAUCUGUUUGGGUUCUCUGUGGAGGAUGUGAUGAGUGAAGUGAAACGAGGAAGACAUCUGAUCUGUAACAGAUGUAAGGUCAGAGGUGCCACUGCUGGCUGUGAAGUCAAACGCUGCAAGAAGUCCUACCACUACCCGUGUGCUGUUCGAGAUCGAGCGAAGAUUGUUGAGGAUGCAGCCAAGGAGAAAUAUGUGCUGUACUGCACCAAUCACGAUCCUCAAACACAAGGUAAUUCAGCCGGACGGCCGCUUGUGUGCAGCAGUGAUUCCAACUCAUCCGGCAGUGCGACACUCUCGUCUUCAAAGAGACGGUUGAGUUACAGACACAAACGCGACGGGACGCCCGCUAAACGUAGAGCUAACGGCUGCAGUGUUCUAUCAACAGAUGAUUCUUCAGAUUCAGACGCUAAUGAACCCGAUUCAGGAAUGUCCAUGUUUGCCCCUUUAGAGACGGAUUUAGACGAUUUUGACAGCCUUUCAUUCUCCCAGUUACCCCACCGCACACCACCUACAGUUACUGUGAGUCAGCUGUUCGGUACCGACAGUGAGAGCACCACUGAGUCCACCUCAGGAAAUCAACUGCAGGACGAGAGAAGAGACGGCAAUAAAGAGGGAGAUGAAACGUCCAUACCUUCAGACACCGAGUCGGAGAGUCUGCUGCCUCCUUCGUCUCGCUCACUUCCAGCGACGACGACGACGACGGCUGCAGUCUCGACUCAGACUGCGCCAACGUUACUUCCCACAGUGGUUUCGUGUAAGGUGGAGGAAGAGGAGGAACAGAGUGCAGAUGAAGGGCCAAGUUUUGGAGAGCGUCCUGUUCACUCUUCUAAUCAUCACAACGCUGUCCCACAGCAGAGCCCCGCUGGACACCCUCCCUCUGCUGACCACACACCUGACGGCUCAGACGUUUCCUCAGCUGUACCUGAAACCGUUCCCCUGCGGUCCUCCUGUCCCCCUUCUCCUCCGACACCUCCUCCAGCCCCGGAGCUCAGCGGCAUCGACUCCAGCAGCUUCUGGGAAAGCUGCAACGCGGCAGGAUGCACGCAGGCCAUCUUCACUGGUUUCAUUAACCAGAUAAACGAUAUCUCCUGCAGAAUUCAGUCGGACCAGGCGAGCCAGGAGGAUUGUGAUCUCGCACUAACGGUGAUGACUGCGUCUGGGAAACUGGAGGAGCUCGUGGCCAAGCAGCAGGAAGAGUUACAAGGGAAGCGAAUGGAGCUGCAACAGGCGGCAGCAGCGCUGGACGCGGCCGCGUCGGCCCUGAGGAGAUGAGUCCGGCAGCAGAUACCAACUGAUUCCCAACAUUUUAAAUGACUUACAUUUAUUUUUACAAACUGUAUAUUUAUGAGUUUCAUAGAUGUUUGCCUUAAUAUUUAAACCAGUGGAAAAAGGGUUGCACCAAUGAUGAUGAUGAUGAUGAUGAUUUUAGAAAUGAUUUGUAAACCUGCCGUUACAUUUGUAAAAGAUACACUCCUAGAUCAUAUCCUGUAUCAUAAUGAGAUACAUUUUCAUUUAAAAAAACCUUUACUAAACGUUAAGAAAUGGAAAAUAUGUUUUUCCUAUGAACUGAACUUUGUUAAGAAAUGCAGAACUCAAAGUGCAGAACAUAUCAUUUAAUUAAAUGUAAUAAUUCCUUUU